AUGAACCACUCUACAACACUAAUCCCCCUCAAACCCACCUCAAUAGGAGAAGUCGAUCAUGUCGAUGCUAACAGCAACAAGCUGGACUUACAACAGGUGUAUUUCCCUACUGGAAUUGUGGUGUUGAUAACCACUGAAUUGCCAACACGGGAAAAUAAGGAUGAUGACUUCAGGAUUACAUGCAUGAUGGAUUUGAAUAUUAGGAUCCAGGAUCAUCUGUUGCCUUGGCAAGUCAUUUGCAGCUAUGUCGGAUAUUACACGAUAUUUUCAUCAUUUGACAUUACGAGAAUUGCAAUGCAAAUAGUUAAGGAAUGUCAUGGUCAUCUUCUUGCCAUUGUCCUUGUGGCAAAUUACUUGAAAAGUACGGAUGAAGUUAAACAGUGGGAACUUGCUCUUGACAAAUUGAGCAGCCUGAACCCUUCCUAUGAUUAUCAAGGUAGUGAUCAAAUUGGCAUUAGUAGAGUCAUGGUCCAUGCAUUCGUAAAUAUUAUUUGGGAAGACAUUAAUCAUGGAGAAAAGCUUUGCCUUGAACGCAUGUUGUUUGUUCACAACAUUAAAAUCAGAGUGCAACGUGACGUCUUGGUGUCUACUUUGUGUACGACUUUAUUAGGACAUGCAAGAGAAGCGAAUUUAGCACAACUUCACAUCAAAAAGUUUCUAGACCAUUUUGUCUUGUUGGAAUAUGCAAGUGGAGAAGUUUAUGUGCCGGUAGAAACCUAUGAUAUAAUAAAAUCAUUACACACCUCCAAUCCUUCAAUCGUAAGUCACGGUGCAUUAGGAUUAACGGAGCCACCCUACAUUGGACGAUGGCAUGGCCUUAUUCGAAUAGAACUGAUGGACAAUAAAAUAUGUGAGCUACCACAAUCACCAGAUUGCCCUAAACUCGAAGUGUUGUUGUUGCAGGGCAAUGCUGAUUUGUUGGAUAUUCCUGACUCAUUUUUUGACCACAUGCCUCUGCUACAACACCUGGACUUAUCCUACACCAGUAUAAGGGAUUUGCCCCCAUCUGUCUCCAAACUCACACAACUCAAGAAAUUUUAUCUUAGGGGCUGUGAUCUCUUCAUGGAACUACCCCCUCAAAUUGGACAGCUAAAGAAUCUCCAAGAAUUUGAUCUUGAUCACACUUUGAUAAUCCAUUUGGCAGAAGAGAUCAGAGAAUUGAUCAACUUGCAAAGCUUAACUCUCUGCUUUGAUAGAUACCAUCAUUUACUUGGUCAUUGUAAAAAAAGCAAGAAAAAUUCCAAUUCCACAAUAAUUCCUCCAGGAGUGAUAUCAAAUCUUAUUCAAUUGAGUUAUUUAAGCAUCAAUGUUGACCCUGAAGAUGAGGGAUGGAAUGAAAAUAUUAUUAGUGUUUUGAUGGAAAUUUUUGGAUCAGACACGUUGGAGACAGUGAAUAUAUAUGUCCCAAGGGCUGAACUUUUGGAACUCAUUCCCUCCACAAGAUUCCUCAAUUUCAAAUUGGUUGUUGGUCAUCAUGUGAAACGGUUCAUAUCGCGUGUAACACCUGAAUUGGAGCAAAAAUUCGAAAAUUGUGACUAUAGUAUAAAGUUUGUUAAUGGUGAAAAUAUUCCAAAUGGAGUGAAAAUGAAUCUUGGACAUUUCAAGGCCUUGUACCUAGACCGACAUAUGACCAUCAAAAAUUUAUCUGAUUUUGGGUUGAGGAAUUUAUUUGGGCUACAAGUAUGCAUAUUGGCAGAAUGUAAUGAAAUGGAAACAAUUGUUGAUGGGGGUUAUUUACAUGAUGAGCAUGCUCUUCCAAAUUUGGAGUUUUUGAGUAUAUUCUAUAUGAAAAAUUUAAGAAGCAUUUGUGAAAGCCCUGAACACUCCUUUCUCCACUUGAAAUCUAUAGCAUUGCACACUUGCCCCAUGUUAACUACCAUCUUCACCUUAGAGUCUCUUUACAACCUUCCUUUAUUGGAGGAGAUUAUUAUUGAAGACUGUCCAAAAGUGACCACUCUUAUAAGUCAUGACUCACCAGAACAAAAAACAAUGGCUUUCCUCCCCAGGUUGAGAAUGAUAACACUUCUCUACCUUCCUGAGUUGGUCAAUAUAUUUAAUGGUUUGCAUGUUGAACAGGCUUUAGAAAAGAUGGUAUUUUAUUAUUGUCCAAAACUCCAAAGCCUUUCGAAAUGGGAAUUGUCAAGCAAAUCCUUGAAGAUUAUCAAAGGAGAAAACAAGUGGUGGGAAGCAUUGAAAUGGAAUGUAGCGGAGUGGGGGGAUGCAGGUCGACCCAUUUUUCUUGAACCAAUUUUUUCUCCAAUAAAUGAAGAGGCUGACAUAUUAACCCAACUAGCUGCACAUCAAGGUUUCAUGUAUUUGCCAAUUUCAAGUUCUGGACGGUUGAUGGCAAAGUCAUCUUUGAAAGAACCAGUUUUGUCACCUUUAGCCCCUGUUCCAUUAUUGAAUCAUUCAAAAGGUGAAGUCCAAAAGCAGAAAGCCGUUACUGAGCUAACCAUGGACCAAUCGGUAUCAGUAAAGGAACUAGUGUUAAAGGUGCCCAUAUACGAUGGCAAAAUUAAAAAUAAAGCCUUGAAGAUGGUCGCUAGUCUUGAAGGGGUUGUUUGUGUGGCUGUCGAGAGGCAGAAAUUCACCGUAACUGGAAACAUGGACCCUGAGGCUGUAUUGAAAAAGCUGAGGAAGUUGUGUGACGCUGAGAUACUCUCUCUUGGACUAGCAAGUAAGAACGAGAUAGUACUCUAUGAAGAAUCAACAAGGAACAAGAACAAGGGACAUACUGAUAUCAAUGAGAUACUCUCUGCUGAAGCAACAAGCAAGAACAAGGGACAUACUGAUAUCUCUCUCUUGGACUAGCAAGGAAAGACAUACCCAUAAAAUUGUUUAAAUUAAUAAAAUACAGUGUUAAAUAAUUCAUUUU